UUGGCUCUAUGCGCGUGCGCACACGCGCAAUACGCAGAGGAACGUGCGCCGCGGUACAUCGCAACCGAGCCAAAAGUCGCAACCCCGCCUGUGGCUAUACUCAAGCAAAUUAAUAGGCACAACGAAGACGGCUCUUAUACCUACGGUUACGAAGCCGGCGAUGGAUCGUUUAAAAUUGAAACAAAGUCGCAAUCUGGAGAAGUAAAAGGGAAGUACGGAUACAAAGAUGACACCGGCAAGUUACGCGUUAUCGAAUACGGAGCUAACAAGUACGGCUUCCAGCCAGCCGGUGAGGGCAUCACUGUAGCACCUCCCACCUUAGUCGACGAAUCUACCGGGGAUGAGGGUCUUCGGCCUGGCAAGUCACAGCAGGGCGGCAGAUCGCAGUACAGAGAAUCCCAGUCCCAGCCUGACUACGAUUACGAGGAUUCCGCGCCAGCACCGAGGCCCGCCCCCCGUCCCGCGCCCGCAUACCGGCCGCAGCAGCAGCCCCAGCCUCAAUACAGGCCUGCUCCCCAGCCUCAACAACACCAGCCCCAGCCUCAGUACAGGCCUGCGCCCCAGCAUCAACACCAGCCUCAGCAACAGUAUCGACCAGCACCUCAGUCUGCUCCCACUCCGCCUAAGCCCCAGUUCUUCCCUGGAGCCGCACCCGCUCCACCAGAACGGGAUAGCUUUUUCAAUCCGGAGCCCCAACAGAGGCAACAGUACAAGCCCAAACAGGAGUUCCGUCCGGCUCCACAACCACAACAGUUUGCUCAAAGACCCCAGCAGUUCAACAACCCUCAGUUCGACCAAUCACCAGCCCGAUUCCCACCAACGAACCAAAUCCAGCAACAAAAAAGCCCACCCUACUCCAUGUUGGACCAACUCUUGAAAGAAUACGCUUUGCCCCAAGGAGGAUCUCCUGCCCUCCAUGACAUUACGUUCGGGUCAUAUUAG